AUGGAUCCCGGCAUUCCAUCAGAUCCCCCAUCAAGAUCCUUAGCCGGCAAGGCUGCCAUUGUCACAGGCGCAGGUUGUCUAGGCGAUGGCAUUGGGAAUGGACGUGCAAUUUCAAUUCUCCUUGCAGAUGAUGGCUGCGAUGUGAUUUGCAUCGAUCUUGAUCUAGAGUGGGCCAACAAGACGGUAGAAAUGAUUAACUCCAAGCCUAACCGUGGACGGGCAUUCUCAUUUCGUGCAGAUGUCACAUCAGAAACAGACUGUCAAGCUGCAGUGCAGCACGCCAUAGAGCAAUUCGGUCGAUUGGAUAUCUUGAUCAACAAUGUCGGAAUUGGCGGUGCAGCGGGAACUGCAGUCGAGGUGGACAUGACGCAGUGGGCAAAGAGUAUGGAGAUCAAUGUUGCAAGUAUGGUCCACAUGGCAAAAUAUGCAAUUCCAAAGAUGGCUCAGAAUGAUGGCGAGCUUAAAGGAAGCAUCGUGAACAUGGGGAGUGUUGCUGGCCUAAAAGGCGGCACGCCUCACUUAUUGUAUCCCACUGCCAAAGGUGCAGUUGUCAAUAUGACUCGUGCUAUGGCUGCGCAUCAUGCUUCAGAGGGGAUUCGCGUGAAUUGUGUGUGUCCAGGUAUGCUGUAUACGCCUAUGAUGUAUGGGAAUGGGAUGAGUGAAGAGGCCCGAGAAGCUCGUCGAAAGCGAAGCUUAUUAGGAACAGAAGGAAAUGGAUGGGAUUGUGCUGGAGCGGUUGUCUUUCUUGCGGGGCCUCAUGCUCGGUGGAUGACUGGUGUCAUCCUCCCGGUUGAUGCUGGGACGACUGCUGCUGUUGGAAUUGGGAUGACGAAGAGUGCGAGUGUUAAUGCUUGA